AUGAGAAGUAACAACACAAACAGUACAAGAGCAAAGUGCACUGAUCUUCAAAUGCCAUUUCAGUACUCUCUCUAUGCAACCACCUACAUCUUCAUAUUCAUCCCUGGUCUUCUGGCCAACAGUGCAGCCUUGUGGGUUUUGUGCCGCUUCAUCAACAAGAAAAAUAAAGCCAUCAUUUUCAUGAUCAACCUCUCUGUGGCUGACCUUGCCCAUGUGCUGUCCUUGCCCCUCCGGAUUUACUAUUACAUCAACCAUGACUGGCCUUUCCAGAGGACCCUUUGUCUGCUGUGCUUCUACCUGAAAUAUCUCAACAUGUAUGCCAGCAUUUGCUUCCUGACGUGCAUCAGCCUUCAGAGGUACUUCUUUCUCCUCAAGCCCUUCAGGGCCAGAGACUGGAAGCGUAGGUAUGAUGUGGGCAUUAGUGCUGCCAUCUGGGUCAUUGUAGGUACUGCCUGUUUGCCACUUCCAAUUCUGAGAAGUACUGGCUUAGCCAAUGACACCGAAUCCUGCUUUGCCGAUUUAGGGCUUCAACACAUUAGCAUGGCUUCCUCCAUUGGCAUGGUAACUGUAGCUGAACUUGGAGGGUUCAUAUUACCUGUUAUAAUUAUUACUUACUGCACAUGGAAAAUGAGAAAAUCUUUACAGGAAUUCCAAGUUCCCCCUCAGAAUACCAAAGAAAGAAAAAAGGCUUUGUGGAUGGUCCUGAUAUGUGCAGUGGUGUUCAUUGUGUGUUUUACCCCUUACCACCUCAACUUUCCACUCUUUAUGAUGGUGAAGCAACAUGUCUUUUCAAACUGCUCUUUUAUUAAGAGUACCCUAUGUUUCCAUAUCAUUUCCUUGUGUCUUGCAAAUCUGAAUUGCUGUCUUAAUCCAGUUGUAUAUUAUUUUAUGACCUCAGAAUUUCGUGGUAGAUUUUCCGAACAUGGUGGCCUGGUUCUUCAGUCAUGCGUAAGAUGCAAGGAUAGUGUUUUAGAAAUUCAUCACAAAAAAGAGGAUCUUCAAACUAUCUCUCUUGAAUUUUUGGAUGAUUCCAAGACAAUGUAA